AUAUCAGGUUUAAAGUCACGAUUCGCUGACUUUCUAAGGAGUUGACAUUAGAUUUAUGCAAAUAUCUCCAGGUUCUGGAAUUAUGUAUGCUUCAAAUCAUUAGCGCGCUUAGAGUGAGGGAGUAGAGGGCUUUGCUCGAACAGGCUUGAUCUUACAUUAUCGAUUCGUUUGGAUUGUUGUCUCUUCCUCGUUGCUUCAAGUAGUUUAUAUCUCUAGUUCUUCAACAUGGGUGAAUGUACGUCCAAGAUUUGCCAGUGCCAUUUCUGCCGUUGCUGCGAGUGUGGACCAAAAUGUAGCUGUUGCAUUUGCUGUAGAAAAUGGUUUGGGGAUUGGUGGAUGUGCAGUGAUUGCUGCGAAGAUUUUGACGAAGACGAAGAAAUGAUAAUCUCAAAUGGAAAUGCGAAGCCAAAAGAGAAACCAGAUGAUGGAGAAGGCAUUUAUCAGUACGAAAAUGGAGACUUCUACGUUGGAGAAUGGAGACGUGGGAAGCGCCAUGGUUAUGGCUCUUUGGAGAAAAAAGAUGGCACUAGGCUCGUGGGAUUUUUCUACGAAGAUGAGUACGUUGGAGAGAAACCCGACGAACGUCUCCGACGAAGCCCUGUGACGUCACGACCAUUUAGUAAAAGAGUAAAGCAAGAUGACGAAGAUGAAAGUGCAACUGUUCGAAGAGAAGAUCAAGAAAGGAUCGAAAAAGCGCGCGAAGAAGAACAGUCGUCACGUGACCGACUACUAAUCGGUGAUAACAACCAAUCAUACGACAGCGUCCAAAAAUAGACCAUAACGUAAUCAUUAUUAUACAACACACGUUAUAACAUAACGUACUUUUUGUAAAAUUUAUUGAAAUAACUUAGAAUAGCUGUCGUUGUGACUAUAACUGAACAAGGACGCCAUUUUGAAUGAUGUAGUGUUAAUUAUCAUCCAAUAUGGCUGCUUGCUUCCGGAUUCACUAUGGAUCUAUUGGCAAAGUGGGGUGAGCUAAUCUSGACUCGUUAUUGGCUAAAAAUAUUCAAACCUCUUGCCGUUUAAAUUUUCGCGCAUGCGCAACUUCAUAAAAGUUGUAAUUCACCAUUUUCCAUUCAUUGGUUCACAGGUCAAACACAAAGCGCUCAAGCGAGGCGCCAAGGUACUUUCGCAAAGGAUURWUKAAAUUUGRACCUUGCAACCUCGACUGAAUGCUUUGUGUUUGACCAGUGAACCGAUGUAUGGUAAAUGGUAAAUAGACCCUUCUCACUGAAUYCCGAGAGGAAUUGGUCUGGGGACCAAAACAAUGGAGGUUUUUUUCAUAAGAAAAU